GUCAUGGUAAAAGAGUCAUGAGACGUGUGUUGACCUCCCCUUCGACUUGAUUACGUCUGCCUGUGGGUUGUUGACCUUGUUCACUUGGGAGGAGCGAAGCUGUUCGCUGGUCCAAACUUCCAAACUUCGGUAACGUCUAUCGCUGAACAGGCAGGUACAUCUUCUCUGUGAUUGGUUCAGACUGAACAAUGGCCACGUCAUCAGUAAAGGUGGAGCCUGUGAUCAAAUUGAGUGCUCUGAUUGGUGAAGGGCCUGUGUGGGAGGAGUCCCAGCAGACACUGUUGUUUGUUGACAUCGCCGGCCAGAAAAUCCAUCGCUGGAGUUCAACAACCGGUCAAGUGGAGUAUGUGAAGACAGGUGACACCGUGGGCUUUGCUGUUCCUCGGAGGAAAGGUGGUUAUGUUGCAGGUGUGGGUCGUGACAUCGUGGCUGUAGAUUGGCCAACUCAGACAAUGACGUCGCUGGUGGGGGUGGAUGAAGACAAACCCAACAGCAGGCUAAAUGACGGGAAGGUUGAUCCAGCUGGACGGCUGCUUGCUGGUACGAUGGGGAAGGAGCAGAGACCUGCGGAGGUUGAGAAACAACAGGGGUCAUUGUUCUCCGUUGACUCUGACCUAACUGUGACCAAACUCCUGGGCCAGGUGGACAUAUCUAAUGGGUUGGACUGGUCCCUGGAUAUGAAGAUCUUUUUCUACAUUGACAGUUUGUCUCUGGCUGUGCACGCCUUUGACUACGACAUAGUCAGUGGACAGAUCGGCAACCGUCGUGUUGUUUACCAGAUGAGGGAGGACGAGGGGCUUCCUGACGGAAUGACAGUUGAUUGUGAUGGUCGACUCUGGGUUGCGUGUUACAAUGCAGGGCGAGUCAUCAACAUCGACCCUGCCACUGGUGUGUGUCUGCAGACCGUCUGUCUACCCGCCAUGAAGACCACCUCCUGCUGCUUCGGAGGUCCAGAUUACUCUGAACUCUACGUGACUUCAGCCAGUUUGGGUCUCAACCAAUCGGAGCUUAGACUGCAGCCGCUGGCUGGGCACACCUUCAGGGUAAGAGGCCUUGGGGUCAAAGGUCGUCCAUCAAACUCAUUUUCAGGAUAAUCUGAAGCCUGAACCAGCCAGUUUCUGUUCAAGUCGCCAGACCAAUCAGCUUUUAGUUAUAGUAAGAGAAGUGAAGGAUGUGCCUCCUUUUGAUCCAGUUCAGCCUUGCAAUUUCAGCCAACAUCAGGUUGUAUUUAGUUUAGUGUAAUUAUACUGAAGACAGAUAAAAUAAAUGAUUGAUUAACUUCGAAAAGACGUUUAACUGCGUGAUCACAUUGUGUUAUGAUGUCGUCAUCCUUAUGUUGAGUACCUCUCUUACUUAAAUGUGUCAGCUGACUAAGAGUAAUAACUAACACGUGUUCAAGCUGGUCUGUGGUUGUAAACACUGGUACAACAAUGGAACUACAGUGCAACAGAAGCUCACGCAUCAACAACGAGAUCAAGCGACAGACCAAGUAACCUCAUGCUACAAGUUGUUGGAAACAAUGUUAAAAUCUUUUUCUGGCGCUCCUUUCAGAAUAACUUGUGUGAGUGCAGUCAGUGAACUGUAUUUGUGGAGGUUUGAGCAGAGACAUAGAGAUGGUAACCACAGUGUUAAUGUUCAGGAUUUUACUUUGAUCUCAUCUGUAGGAGGGUUAGGGUUACCUCAUAGUAACACAUUACUAUAUGUGUUAUAGAAAUAAAUUGGGAUUGAGAGUAAAGGAAACAAAGGGUUUGAAAUACAGUAUAACAAUAAAGUGGAACUGAGGUAUCAUUUCCAGAUAGAGCUAGAUGUUUUUUUAUAGGAGUGAAUAAACUCUAGUCAACUAGAUAAGAUUAUGAUUAGUGCUAAAACUAGCAUAUAACGAUGCUCUUUGUGUAUGGUUUUGUAAAUAAACCUUAGAUUAAUCCUG